UUCUUCUUUUAGGAUAUUUUUAAUAUUUUGGUAUUAAUGAGUAUUCGAAAUAUGGGCACAUGUUUGUGACGUAACAUAAAACAGCUGUUCGGUUCGGCCAAGAGACUGGAAAUUACGAGAUGCGAGUACCCGGAGCCCUUUAUGCCGCCCGUGGCCGAUCGCCGCAGAGCGAGAAGGAUGUGCCCUUCCAGGAGAUUCUGCCGCUGCGGCUAAAAAACACUGUGAGCGGUAAAGCGGAUUCCGGAUCCGAUGUGGCCUGCCUCCAGGAGAUGGGAGUGCUUUUCGCCUGCCUAAAGGACAACGAGUUCGUAGAGAAGUACUGCCACAAGGAGAUUAGCCAGUUCCAAAAUUGCUACAAGUGCUACAUGGAUCGGAAGUUCGAGGCCAAGAAGACCGUAAACCAGGGAAUUGUUCAACCGGGCAGCAACCUCAACUACAAGCAGCUAAACAAGUAUAUGCGCCGCUAUCCCAAUCCCCUCUAGCUUAGAGUCUGUUGAGUCGUUUAAUAAUAUACUAUUUACAAAGUA